AUGCGCGCGUGCACCGGCGAGGAGGAUGACACAGAGGGAGAGGCGCAGGGCGAGGAACUGGAAACGCUGCCCGGCUACUUGCCGGGACACACGCCAAGAGAUACCCAGAGGAGCUUUACAGACAUCGUCUUUGUGCCGGUGUUUGCGGUGGCACUGUUAGUGGUUGCGGUCCUCAUCACGACUGCUGUGCAGAAGGGCGCUUUCCAGCGGCUCGUUGCUCUUCCCAACAAGCAGGGGCAGCUCUGCGGCAUCGAGGGGCGAGGACCCUACCUCUUCUUCUGCCGCGAGGGGGACGAUGUGGAUCUCAGCAGGCAGGUCUGCCUUCAGGAAUGUCCGGCCGAGAACGACGUGGACGUCACCGCCUGCGAGCGGUUCGGCGGUUCAUUGAAGAGCUACCCCUCCGCGCCUGUAGCCGGGAUGCUCUGCAUGCCCAGCCCAGCACGCAUGGUGCAGGACGUCCGCCACCUCUUCGCAUCGAACGCCUACUUCAAGACAUUGUUUGAUGUACUAGAGCUGAGCUUUGACUGGGAGCAGCCCAUGCUGGCGGCCCUACUGGCCUGCUGCUUCUCCCACACCUACCUCCUGUGCCUCUCCCGGUUUGCAGAGGCCAUGCUGCAAUUUGGUUUGGUCUUCCUGGUAGUGGUGCCGACGACUACGGGACUGCUCUUUCUGUACAUGUCUCUGAGUCCGGAUGUGGUGGCACCUCGGUCUUUCGCGGAGAUGAUCUCGACGGGCAGCACCCACGCAGAUGGAGCCAUAGGAUGCUGGUUCAUGCUGGUAGCCCUGCUUGCUGCGUGCAUGGCCGCUGUCCGGGCCAAUAGCAUUGACACCGCCCUGCCCAACCUGGAAGAGGCCGCCCACUGCUUCCGGCAGCUUCCCUCCGUGGGGCUGGAGCCCUGGAUCUCCGCGGCGGUGCAGGUGGCGUUGCUCCUUCCAGGGGUCCUUGGCCUGCUCAUGCUGAAUAUGUCUGGCGAGCUGACGGUGCCAGUGGACUUCUCGCAUGCCACCGCCAUCUACCACUCAGACUUCUCAGUUGUUCUGUCCCUGAUGUGCUAUGUGGUGGUGUUGGUGUGGAUCUUCGAGCUCAAGCACGCCCUCUCCCAGUUCGCGACGAUGUUGACAGCAGAGCUCUGGUACUUUCGAAAGCCGAGCACUGCCCGUGGCACGUUCGACACUUUCGACAGGGGCGCCUGUGACAUUCUCUUGGGCUACCAAUGUGGGCUGAUCUACCACUUGGGAUCUCUGAUCUACGGGUCACUGCUCUGCACCUUCCUGCGGUUGCCUCGCAUGGUGGCCUCGUUCAUGGUCCAGAGCUUGGAGGGCGCCGACAAUCCUGUGACGAGCUUCUUCCAGAGGUCCUGCCAAUGCUGCCUGGCCCAAGCCGAGAGACUCCUCACGACUGUGACUAGCCUCGGAUACUGCGACAUUGCCAUGAACUCCACAAGCUACCGCUCUGGCGCGGAACAUGCAAUGAGUCUUCUUGAGGAGAACGGGACCGGGCUCGUUGCCGGCCGGAUCGCGGGCACAAUCUCCCUCAUCGGAGCGGGUUUGGUGUCACUUGGCACUGCCCUCUCCACCUGGCUGGUCUGCAGCACCGUGAGCCGCUACAACAGCAGACUCAGUGAGCACUACGUGGCGGACAAGCGCGCCGUCAUGGUCUGUGCCGCAAUCGUCGGUGCUCUUCUGUCCUUACCCUUCAUGCAUCUGUUU